UCGAAAGCGAUCAUUGAAAUAUCUUCAGAUAUCCUGUCGCGGGGUGUGAAUCACGUUGAACCUGACAGAAGGAGGUGGAGGUCGCUCCUUGAAUACCGGUGCCAUUACCAAGCUGUUGCUGACGCGGUUUCUCUUCUACACUGUGCGCAACUGUUCUGGUUCAACACAGUGAUAACCCCUGAAGAAGUUCCGAACGGUUCCGGGUCCGGAACGGAGGACUCGUCAUCGGCGCGAAGGACGAACGAACGAUGCUCGGAUUCAGCUGUUGUCUUGAGCCCGGUAAUAGUCGCGCAGCGCGCGGAGAUGUCCUCGAGGUCCAUGAUAGAAGUGAGGGUGAUAUUCGGGAACGGCUCGAAGAGGCCCCCAGAGGACGAGAGUCAGGGAUACGCCAGCGCCUCGGGAUCUCCGAAGGCCCUGAAAGCGAGGAGUGACUCGUCCUUGCGGCAUCCGGCGACCCGGCCAGCGACGAGUCGCCGGGAAAAUGCUGCGAGUACUUCUCUCCCCCUGCAGUUCGAGGGCGAAACGGCAGCCGACGACACGACCAGGCUGGAGAUCACGAUAUCCGGAGGAUUAGCGGGGAACGUCGCGCGCUUCGUCGAGUUCAAAAAGGACCUCGGUACCUCGACCUCGACCUCGACCCCGAAUUCCCGGCUAUCCGGAGGACUUCCAGAGCCUAAGAAGCCCCAGACGAAGAGGCGAAGGCAUUCCAGUUUCUGGAGACGUCCCUUCGGAAGUCGCAACGAGCAGUCGGGGGUCCUCGAAACGAGUCUCGGUGCCGAGGCUUCGAACUCGGAGUCGAUUUCCGUGAACGAAAUGCGCUCCAGGCGUAAUUUGGAGUCACAAUUGGACAGCUACGAGGCUGUUAAAUCCCCGAUCGAAGAAGUCCCUUCGUUCGAGGCGAAGCCUGCCGAGCCUUCGGCAUCUUGUAAGGAAAAUCGUAAAGGGUGUAGCAGUAAGUGGGGACUACCCGCUCGAUUUUUGGAAACUCUCAGUGAAGCCACGAGCCUUGCGACUCUAUAGACGCGUGAAAUUUCCAAUUCAUCAUUGAUGAACCAAACGUUUGCUCAGACUCUUUUAGCGAUUGACUGAAUUUGGUUUUAUUCUUUCUUUCUGUUUUCAACAAUUUUACACGAUUUGCAUAGACAUUUUACUACUCGUACCGGUAUAACGGGGUUCAUAUUCUACUCGGUUUACGGCUGUGCACGUCAUUUUUAUUCCAUUUUAUUCUGACGAAUGAAUUGUUUUUACACUCUUAACCAGGGACCGACGUAGCCGUAUGCCGAGCCUCAGCGAUACAUUCGUGUCGUUGUGAAAUUGAUAGACGUAGGUAAUACAGUAGGCUCGAGCAAUUGCGCGCAAAUAAUCAAGUCAAAUCUCAGAAUUCCAGCUCUUAAAGUACUUUCACGUUUUAUUAUUAAAGUAACUUCCUUGAGUUUAAAGCGUAUGGUUAAUUACUGCUGAAAGUUUCACUUAAAAAUUAAUUUCUCCCAUUUUAUGUUUUCAAGUUGUACCAUCAUUAAAUCGAAUAUUCAAGUUUUAUGAUAUUGUUCAACGGUGAUCCGCAAUAAAGGUAGUGUACGGAAUAUUCUUCAAUAAAAUCCUCCUCCCCGAACAAUGUGAAA